AGUCGCCUAUCUUGUCGCCUAUCUUGUCGCCUUGUCUCUUCCAAGCACUUCCAAGCUCCGCACCACGUUGCCGUCCGACGUUACCGCGUGAAAAGUGAAGGAAGGUUGGAAUGAUGUCGAAAAAGGAUAUGAACGUGUUUAACGAACGAGCGGCUGCAGCGGAGAGAGAGAUACUCGAUUUAAAGCGGCAGCUCGAGACGCUGCAACGGAACGUCGCGACUGAUGCUCCGAACGAUAUAAGUAAGGAGUUUGAAAAAUUGCAACAGGAGAACGCGAAGUUGACUCACAGGAUAACGAUACUCAAGAGGACCGUGGAAAUGCAAAGGAACAAACUGGACGAUAGGAUGGAGCUGUUUGGAACUGCGUAUACGAUCAGUAUAAGGGAUCAUCUCUGUACGGUCUUUUGCAAGGCCAUCAGUGCUGCUUAUCCCCAUAUAGUGGACCCACCAGUAAUAGUCACCACUGGCUCUAAUCCAAAGUUUGGAGAUUAUCAGUGUAACAGUGCUAUGCCUUUGGCACAACAACUGAGUAGUCUUGGUACCAAAGUACCUCCGCGUGAUGUUGCUAAAGAAAUUGUGUCCAAGCUGGAAGUAUCCUCCGUUAUCGAGAGAUACGAGAUAGCUGGUGCAGGAUAUAUAAACGUGUACCUGAAACGUGAAUUUGGACAAUCCGUUUUGUGCAGCUGGUUAUGGACUGGCCAAGUUCUUCCUCCGUACGUUAAGAAGAAGCGAGUAGUUGUUGACUUUUCUAGUCCUAACAUCGCCAAGGAGAUGCACGUGGGGCAUUUGAGGUCCACGAUAAUCGGGGAUAGUAUCUCGAGACUGUUGGAAUACCUGGGACACAAUGUGUUGAGGCUCAAUCACAUAGGUGACUGGGGUACACAGUUUGGUAUGUUGAUAGCGCAUCUUCAAGAUGAGUUUCCCAAUUAUUUAACCGUCGCUCCUUCAAUCCAGGACCUUCAGACCUUCUAUAAGGAAUCUAAGACUAGGUUUGACCAAGAUGAAGAGUUCAAAAAACGCGCGUACGAGUGCGUCGUUAAAUUGCAGGCUUUCGAGCCUGAUAUAACAAAAGCGUGGGAAAUGAUAUGCGAUGUAUCUAGGCGAGAAAUUGAAAAUGUGUACGCUCGACUGGAUAUCAAAUUAAUAGAAAGAGGCGAGUCAUUUUAUCAGAAAUAUAUGGAGUCGAUAGUUCCAGAGCUAGAAUCAAAAAAUCUGCUGGAAGAAGAUAACGGGCGGAAGGUAAUGUGGGGAGAGAAACACGGUAGCGGAAUACCUUUAACUAUAGUAAAAUCCGAUGGCGGGUUUACGUACGAUACAUCAGACAUGGCUGCUAUUAAGCAUCGUGUUGAAAAGGAAAGAGCAGAUUGGCUGAUCUACGUGACAGACGCGGGUCAGUCUCUGCACUUUCAGAUGUUGGAAAGUUGUGCCAAAAGGGCAGGUAUUUUGAAGAGCUUUCACAGGAUGGAUCAUGUGGGCUUCGGUGUUGUCUUGGGCGAAGACAAGAAGAAAUUUAAAACGAGGUCCGGCGACACUGUAAAACUUUGCGAGUUGUUAGACGAAGGCUUGAAGAGAGCGCUACAGAAAUUAAAGGAGAAAGAACGCGACAAGGUAUUAUCCAAGGAAGAACUGAAAGCGGCCCAAGAAUCCGUAGCGUAUGGUUGCAUAAAAUAUGCCGAUUUAGUACACAAUAGGAAUCACGAAUAUGUAUUUUCAUUUGAUAAAAUGCUGGAGGAUAAAGGCAACACAGCCGUUUAUUUAUUGUACGCUUUAACUCGAAUUCGUUCUAUCGCCAGAACGGCGAACAUCACGAGGAACGAGUUGCGACAGCGCUUGCACGAAAUUCCAAUUUCACUGGAGCACGAGAAAGAAUGGAAACUGGCCAAAGUGCUGUUAAAAUUCCCCGAUGUAAUUCUCGACGUUAACGAGGAGCUAUACUUGCAUCCAUUGUGCGAGUUUUGUUACGAGGUCUCGUGCGCGUUUACCGAAUUUUACGAUAAAUGCUACUGUGUGGAAAAGAAUCAAUCUGGCGAAAUUGUGAAAGUAAAUACGGGCCGUCUUUUGCUUGCGGAAGCCACCGCGCUUGUUCUAGAGAAAUGCUUUAGUUUACUGGGCUUAAAACCCGUUACACAAAUGUGAAAGGCAAACGUACCCCGUAUGCACACUUUCAAUUGUAAGGUGUAAAAGAGUAUAAAAUACGAGAAUGAAUAAAAUUAAUUUUUAUAAUAUUAAAAUCUAAUUUAAUAAAAUAUAUGUAUACAUACAAGAAUAUACAUAGAGAUUUUAUUCUUUUGACCUUAUUUCUAACAUUCUCUUUCUUCUGCUUGAGCAUAUACCUCGAGAAAACUCGAAAGUCAACGAGUUCAGUAUUAUUGUAUCUUACGCUGUAUUAAUUUCAAACUUAUGAAUCACGUGUUCAAUAAACAAAAUCUCUUCAA